UUUCCUAGUACACUUAUUUGCAACAAAAAAAAUAUUCCAAAAAAUCCAGCUUUCAAGAAAAUGCAGUUUGUGAUGUGGCUUGUACUUGUGGUGAUGAUGCUGACAUUCUUGAAAUCAGCUUCUUCACAGUCAGAAAUCCCAGGCUGCUCACCUGCAGACAGAGCUGCUCUUCUUGGAUUCAAAGCCGGCAUUGCCAAGGACACCACCGGCUUCCUCUCCACGUGGAGUGGCGAUGACUGCUGCAGCGGCGGCUGGGAGGGCGUGGAGUGCGGCCAGGGCGGGAGAGUCAACAGAUUGAUGCUGCAGAGCCAUGGUGGUGUGUUGAUGAAGGGAGUUCUCUCUCCCUCUCUCGGCACCUUGCAUUUCUUGGAGAUCAUGGUGAUCAGCGGCAUGAGACGGAUUGCUGGGAGGAUUCCUGACAGCUUCUCCGGCCUCACACGCCUCACUCAACUGGUUCUUGAUGACAACUCACUGCAAGGAGCCAUCCCUUCCAGUUUAGGCAAGUUGAGGAAUCUUCAGAUAUUGUCCUUGAGUGGUAACCGUUUUAACGGCCAGAUUCCACCUGCAUUGGGGAAUUUGAGGAAUCUCCUGCAGCUGAAUCUGGCUAAGAAUCUGCUCACUGGCUCAAUUCCUCAGGCUGUUGGGAAUCUCAGAAGCUUGCACUCUCUUGAUCUCAGCUUCAACAUGUUGUCUGGAUCAAUACCGGAUUCUCUUGGACAGCUGCAAAAUCUGACAUAUCUUGUGCUUACAAGGAACCAGUUCUCUGGGCAGAUACCGGUUUCUUUGUGCAGUUUAGUUCGGCUUUCUGAGCUGUCGCUUGAUCAGAAUCGCCUGGUUGGAAGGAUUCCUGCACAAAUUAGGAAUAUGAAAUCAGUUUCUGUGUUGAGGCUGGGCUUUAACAAGCUCACUGGUCAAAUCCCAGAAUCCAUGGCUGAGCUGCAUAGCUUGUGGAACCUUAACUUGUCAAGAAAUCUGCUGACUGGUUCUUUGCCUGAUGCAGCGUUUGCAAAGGGGCUCCCUUCGAUUCUGUCUAUCGAUCUUUCUUACAACGAUCUUGAUUUAGGGGCGGUUCCUAGUUGGAUCAGAAACCGGCAGCUCUCUGAUGUCCAUCUAGCAGGCUGUAAGCUGCGUGGCGCGCUGCCAAACUUCACCAAGCCGGACUCCUUGGCCACGUUGGACCUAUCAGACAACUAUUUCACUAGUGGGAUCUCGAGUUUCUUGGCAAACAUGGCUAGUUUGCGGACUGCAAAGAUCUCCAACAACUUGAUCAAGGCUGAUGUCUCCACAUUGAGGUUGCCUGGCCAGAUUUCGGCUCUUGAUCUCCAUUCAAACCGCCUCUUUGGCUCUCUUUCGAGGAUACUAAGCAGAUACAUGGAGGUCGUGGAUGUGUCCAACAACCAGAUCUCUGGCAGGAUUCCUGAAUUCGUUGUGGGGAUGAAAUUGAAGGUGCUGAACCUGGCAAGCAACAAGAUAUCAGGUCAUAUUCCAGAUUCAGUUUCAAACCUUGCCAAGCUGGAAAAAUUCGACAUUUCAAGAAACCAGAUAACGGGCACAAUCCCAGCUAGUCUAGGAUCAUUUGUGCAGCUGCAUUGGUUAGAUCUGUCGAUAAACGGGCUUACUGGAAGAAUCCCAGACAGUUUGUUAGGAGUCAAGGCACUGAGGCAUGCAAGCUUCAGGGCAAACAGAUUGUGUGGGAAGAUCCCACAAGGAAAGCCAUUGAACAUAUUCCCACCAGUUGCAUAUGCUCACAACUUGUGCUUGUGUGGAAAACCAUUGCCACCUUGCAAGAGUAAAAUGAAGAGAAAAAUGGGCCACUGAUAUGCUGAGUCUCUAUGCUCAUUAUCCCAUGAGCACAAGUUAAAUUACUAUCUUUUUUUUCUUCUGUGAGUUAGUUACACUUUCCCACCUGAAUUCUUGCAGUAACUUACCAUAUUCUUCA